AUGCCGGCCGAAAUACCAGGUUAUUAUUUUGACCCUGAGAAGAACAAAUACUUCAAGAUCGAGCAUGCCUCAACCGCACCACGCGCGGCCGCCUGGUCCGCCGACUCUGUCAAGCGGCGUCGCGUCGCCGCUGAAUCUUCUGCCGCGGCAGACGACCGGGCGCGGCUGCUCCGCAGACACAUACGCCGCUGGCGCCAGCAAGGCCAGCUGACGGGGGACACAAUCACGCGCGCGCUGCUGCAGCGGGAGCUCGGUGACAAGAACGCGGACAGCGAGGCAGAUGUGAGGGCGGCGGUGUGGGCGAGCGGUGCGGUGGACAAGGGGAGCGUCUCGUUGGCGAGGGGGACGCGCAGCGCCAACAUGCCGUGCAUGUACGUCAACGGGGACGAUACCAAGACCGGCCUGGGCGUGGUCUAUGCGACACUGGGCGAAGAGAGGCUGGUUGGGAGCUACAUUCCCACGGACGACAACGAUACGAUCACAUUCUCGGCGACAGCACCUUUGGACUCUGGCCGCAGUCGGGCGCUCCACACGGAGUUCCUCCGCUUCCCGCAACUGUCGUCCAUCACGUACCACGCGCCCUCGCACCGGAUCAUAGCAACGUCACGCUCUCCAAACAACAGCGUAUACCUAUUCUCGCCGCACCUGUCCGAAGAGGCGGACGUCCGUCGCCCACGGUGGUUGCUAGGCCGCCUCCCGGAGAACGGCUACCAUGGGCUGUGCCCCAACUCUGCGGGCUCCGCGGUGGCGCACACCGCGGCGCCCGCGCCCACGUCGUCGUCGUCGCGCUUGCUGUGCCUGGUGGGCACCAACGUCGGCGUCUUGCGCGUCAACGCUGGAGUGUCGGACCACAGAACGCUGUCCUGGGUCGGGGAGCGCGUGCCGUUGAAGCCGACCCCCGGCGCUGCCGCCGCCGACGGCCACCCUCGCGAGACGCUGGCGCUUGACUUCUUGCACAACCACCCGGAGGUGUUCCUCGCCGGCGGACGGCGCUCCCAGCUGUGGAUCACCGACAUGCGCGCGCCGCCGUCGUCGACCAGCCACCGCGUCGGCAGCGGUCAGCAGCGCACCGCGGUGGCGCACCUGCGCAGCGUCUCGGAGCACCUGCUGCUGACCGCCGGCCCGCCGAGCAGCAUGGCGACGUACGACACGCGCUUCCUGCGAAGCCCGGUGGUGCGCUUCGACGAGUACAGGAACGAGGCGCACGUGCACGCGGGCUGGGACGUGUGCGCAGAGCUCGGGCUAGUGGCGGCGGCGCACGACGACGGCACGGUGAAGCUGUUCUCGCUCGGGUCGGGGCGGCGGUGCCGGCCGGAGGCGGGGGGAGGGUUGGAUGGGGUGAGGACGGACGCGCCGAUCAGGGCGCUGUCGUUUCGGCGGAUGCCAAGGGAGCGCCUUCCGAGCCUGUUCGUGGGUGAGGGCGCGGUGGUGAGGAAGUUUUCGCUGGGAGUGCGCGCGCUGGGCAACGAGGCGUGA